AUGACUUUGUCUCGGUUACAACUAGUGCUGCUCUUCAUUGUCCUGAACUACCAUGUCGAUAGUCAGCAAGAAGUGCUUAUCGAGGAGUCGUUGGAAGUGGAGUCGGUGCAUGCGCCGACCGGUGGAAGCGUGGAGCUGCCCUGCGACAUCCACCCAGCAAUCGCCGAGGACAGGGUCGGACUCGUGAUCUGGUACAAGCAGGGUCACGAGACUCCAAUUUACUCGCUAGACAUCCGCGAAGGCGUCACCUCGCAUUGGUCCGACGCUUCAACCCUGGGCACGAGGGCAACCUUCCGGACUAAUGCCGCCCCAGCAGUUCUAGUCUUGACGAGAUUAAGGCCUGAAGAUAGCGGUCAGUACAGAUGUAGAGUGGACUUCAUAAAGUCACCGACGAAGAACACGAGACUCAACCUAACAGUGCUUAUACCGCCAGAGAGGCUGCUUAUACUGAACCAGGACGGUCAGGAAAUCGAGGGCGCUGUGCUGGGCCCUUACGACGAAGACACGCCGGUGAAUAUGACCUGUAUUGCUAUUGGCGGGCGUCCCACCCCAAGGGUCUCGUGGUGGAAGUCCCACUCGCUUCUGGACAACGCCGAGGGCAAAGCUACUGCCUCAUUUCACCUUCGAAGAACCGACUACGGCACUGAAAUCACAUGUCAGGCUGUGACGGAUCCUUCGAUAAAGCCCCUCACCCGCACGCUGUCCGUCGACAUGAACCUGCGGCCGCUGUGGGUGCGAAUAGACGGUGGUCCACGCCCCUUGGUGGCUGGGAGGGUUGCGUCUCUCAGCUGCCUGGCUGUGGGGGCUCGACCUUCGCCCACUCUCUCCUGGUGGAAGGGCCAGGUCAAGCUGAACACCGUCGCGCACUCGACUUCCUUGGACGGCAACGUGACCAGCAGCGUGCUGACAUUCUCGCCGAAGAUCGAAGACAGUGGGAGAGUGCUGUCUUGCAGAGCGGUGCAGCCAACGCUGGUUCACUCCACGCGAGAGGACGGCUGGACUAUGGAGAUAGAGUAUCUGCCCAUCGUGAAGCUGAGCUUCGGCGCCAACAUCGAUCCCGAUAAAGUGGUCGAAGGCUCCGACGUGUAUAUGGAAUGCGAAGUGCGCGCCAACCCGCCCCACACUGGCGUCGUGUUCACGCACAACGACGCGCCAGUACGGGGCGGUGCCGGCGUGGUGGUGGCCAACCAGAGCCUGGUGCUGCAGAAGGUGUCCAGGCGGACUGGUGGGACUUACAGCUGUGGGGCGAGAAGCCGCUUGGGUCAAACCACCAGUGCGCCCCUGACCCUCGACGUGAAAUAUGUACCAACGUGCAAAUAUGAAGAGACGACAUUCGUCCGCGCCGCUAGAGGGGAGAUAGUGGAAAUAAGAUGCGAAUUGGACGCGAAUCCCAAGAAACCGAUGGCCUAUCGUUGGUGGUUCAACAGCUCUACUCAUAACAGACGGGAGUUAAAGUCUUCUGCGCAUCACACCGCCUACGACGAACUCGGUACCAUCCAGUAUGUGAUAAACAGCUCUGACGAUUACGGAUGGGUGCAAUGUUUGGGAUUCAAUCCCGUGGGAGGGCAAAUACAGCCGUGCCUGUUUCAAAUUCUGCCUGCGGAGAAGCCGUCGAGCCCGAAGAGUUGCGAGGUGACCAACGUCACUUUCGACUCGCUGGCCGUGAGUUGCGUUCCAGGCUACGACGGGGGGCUGCAACAGACUUUUCAGUUGGAAGUUUACGAGGCGGAGUCCGGCGCCUUGCUGCGCAAUCUAAGCGGGCAUUCCGCUCGCUUCGCGGCCAGCGCUUUAACAGCGCGCGCACUCGUUCUGCGCGUGCGCGCUGCCAACGCGAAGGGCGCCAGCGACGCGUUGCUGCUCAACUGCCGCCUUCCUGCCCACCCCGAGCGGAGGACGGCGGCGGGGCCAGUGAGGGUGGAGCUGACGACGCUGCUGGUGACCGUGCUGGUGGCGCUGGGCCUCCUGGCGGUCACCGUCGCGGUGUCCGCCACAAUGUGCUACUGCAAGUAUUGCAGCAAUGGCAGGGAAAACAAUGAAAAAACCAAGAAACCACAGGACGACACUUCCGACGUGCUAUUGGCGAGUUUGAAGAAGACUGAUAGUAGCGAUAGUGUAGAUAAGAACCCGGACAUAAUACCGAUCAAGUCGAAGCUCGGCGACUGCCCGACGAACACCGCAGGCAAGUUGGGCCCAACAUUCGACGGACACGGCGCGGCGUCCGACGGCCAAUACGAGCGCCGGUACACGCCGGUGCGUUUCCAACGUUUGCCGCAAACGGCCAACGUUGGCGCCAACGCGGCCUGGCAGCCGUGCGACGCCGUGUACGAGGACUGGCUGAGAUACAAGAACGCGUUGCCUCUGGACACCAGCGAUUUGCUCCCACUAGAGCAGCUGAGACCUGCGGACGCCUUCGCUUCUCGUCGCGUUAACACCCUCAGGUAUUACGCCCCCGCCUUCCCCGAUGAAAGGGUGAGCGUCAGAAACAACGGCGUAUUUUACAACAAGCCGUUGUCCGACCACGGCACUCCAACUCGGUCGAAAUUCAGCCCAACCUCCCCGCUCUGCGAACGGUACAGGAACCGUUCUGAACAAAUUCACAGAGCAAUAUCCGGCGAACCAGAUACGGUGGUGAAUAAA